CAGACAGUCAGCGCGAGGAGCGAGAAGAGCCGCAGAUGGAGCUCGAGCUGGAGGAGGGCGAUCGGGUGUGGGUGAGCGAGAGGGGUCAGCUCCAUCCCUGCACGGUCAGCUGUUGCUAUGAUGACGGUUCUGUCGUCUUCACCUCGGACUAUGGAGAGGUCAUCAGUCUGGACGGUGCUGAUAUAAACAGGAUGAAUGUAAUGCUGAUGGACGCGUCCAGUGUUAACGGGGUGGAGGACAUGUCCACUCUGUCUGAACUGCAUGAGGAGUCCAUCCUGCACAACCUCUACACGCGAUACUGCGCCAACCUCAUCUACACGAACAUCGGCUCCAUCCUGGCUGCAGUGAACCCCUAUAAGCAGAUCUGUGGUCUGUAUGACUCGGCCUCCGUGGAGCUCUACAGUAAACACCAGCUGGGAGAGCUGCCCCCCCACAUCUUCGCUCUGGCCAAUGAGUGCUACCGCUGCCUGUGGAAGAGACAGGACAGCCAGUGCAUUCUCAUCAGUGGGGAGAGUGGUGCGGGGAAGACAGAAAGUACGAAGCUCCUGCUGAAGUUUCUGUCUGCAAUGAGUCAAAGUUCUACUGGCGCCGCGCUCUCAGAGAGGACCACCAGAGUGGAGCAGGCCAUCGUCCAGAGCAGCCCGAUAAUGGAGGCGUUUGGAAACGCAAAAACUGUUUACAACAACAACUCCAGCCGCUUCGGCAAGUUCAUCCAGCUGCACUUCGCCCAGAGCGGAAACAUCCAGGGGGGCUGCAUCAUCGACUACCUACUGGAGAAGAACCGGGUGGUCCGACAGAACCCAGGAGAACGCAACUACCACAUCUUCUACUCACUGUUGUCUGGCGCUGACCGCGAGCAGAGAGAUCUCUACCUGCUGCUGGACUCUCCAGAGGCGUAUCACUACCUCAGCCAGUCGGGCUGCGUGCAGGACGGCAGUCUGGAUGAUAAACAGCUGUUCCUCAGUGUGAUGGAGGCGCUGAAGGUGAUGGAGUUCACGGAGGAGGAAAUCCGAGAUGUUUUUAAACUGCUCUCAGGGGUCUUACACAUCGGCAACAUCGAGUUCAUGACAGCAGGGGGCGCUCAGAUCACCACUAAAGGAGUGGUCAACAGUGUGAGUGACCUGUUGGGGUUGGAUGGAUUCCAGUUGUCUGAAGUUUUGACUCAGCGCUCCAUGAUCCUGCGAGGAGAAGAAAUCUGCUCACCACUCACCGUGGAACAGGCGCUGGACUCCCGGGACUCUGUUGCCAUGGCACUGUACUCUCAGUGUUUCUCCUGGAUUAUAACUCGGAUUAACCAGAAGAUCAAAGGGAAGGACAACUUCAAAUCCGUCGGCAUCCUGGACAUCUUCGGCUUUGAGAACUUCGAGGUGAACCGUUUUGAGCAGUUCAACAUUAACUAUGCCAACGAGAAGCUGCAGGAAUAUUUCAAUAAACACAUCUUCUCUCUGGAGCAGCUGGAGUACAACAGGGAGGGAAUCCACUGGGAAGCCAUAGACUGGAUGGACAAUGCUGAAUGUCUGGACCUCAUUGAAAAGAAACUGGGGAUUCUGGCUCUGAUUAAUGAAGAGAGUCGAUUCCCCAAAGGAACAGAUUACACACUGCUGGAGAAGCUACACAGCAGACACGCUGCCAAUCCGUACUACGUUAAACCCAGAAUGGCCGACCACCAGUUUGGAAUCAAACAUUACGCUGGAGAGGUGCUGUAUGAUGUGCGUGGUGUUCUGGAGAAGAACAGAGACACUUUCAGAGAUGAUAUCCUCAACAUGCUGAAGGACAGCAGACUGGACUUCAUCUAUGACCUGUUCGAGCGAGUGGGCAGCAGGAACGGAGAGGACACCCUGAAAAUGGGAACAGCUCGCAGGAAACCCACCGUCAGCUCUCAGUUCAGGGACUCUCUUCAUGCCCUCAUGGCGACCCUCAGUGCCUCGAAUCCUUUCUUCGUCCGCUGCAUCAAACCCAACAUGGACAAGCAUGCGAAUAAGUUUGAUCCGGAAGUGGUUCUGAACCAGCUGCGGUAUUCCGGGAUGUUGGAGACGGUGAAGAUCCGCCGGGCCGGGUUCCCUGUCCGGAGAAACUUCACUGACUUCCUGAACCGGUACCGUGUGAUGCUGAGGGACAGAAGACAGGCCGAAGUGGACGAGCGGAGGACGUGCAGUGAGCUGCUCACGCUGUAUGACAACAGCAGGAGAGAGUGGCAGCUCGGAAAGACGAAGGUCUUCCUGAAGGAAGUGUUGGAGCAGAAGCUGGAGAGAGAGCGGGACGCGGUGCGGAGGGCAGCGGGAAUGGUCAUCAGAGCUCACAUACUGAGCUAUGUGGCAAGGAAGCACUAUAGAAAAGUCCGUAGCAGCACAAUCACCAUCCAAAAGAACUACCGCGCUCACUUCUGGAGGCAGGUGUUCCUGCGCAUGCGCUCUGCUGUGGUGGUCCUGCAGAAACACCGCCGGGGGCAGAUCGCCCGCAGCCUCUGCCAGCAGCUCCGAGAGGAGAGGAGGAGGGAGGAAGAGGAGAGAAGGAGGAGGGAGGAAGAGGAGAGGAGGAGAAGAGAGGAAGAGGAGAGGAAGCGAGCAGAAGAAGAAUUGAGGCUUCUGGAGGAGCAAAGAAGAAGAAAAGAAGAAGAAGAGAGACAGAGGCUUCAGGAGGAAGAAGAGUGGAGGAGGAGAGAGGAGCAGGAACGGGAAGCUUUCCGGAAACAGCAGGAAGAGGAGGAUCUCAGGAGGAGGCAGGAGAGUGAGGAGAGAGCAGCAGCUCAAAGCAGGAAUCAGCUGGAAAUAAAUCACCAUUGCGCCAAGAGGGAGGUGUGCUUGUCUCACAGCGGCUGGCAGUAUUCCUCCGAGGAAGAGAGUCGGCAGAUGGAGGAGAUCCUGCGUCUGGAGCGGGAGAUCGAGCGUCUGCAACAGCAGCGGGAGGACGGCGUGGCUCUGCUGAACGAGAGUUCACGGGAGGAGCUCCGUCAGCGCAGAGACGCUGAAAUCUACCGUCUAGAGAAGGAAGCUUCACGAGUGGCCACGGAGUUCCUGGAAAUGCUGGAUUUUGGAGGUCUGGAGCAGUCAUUGUCCAGCGAGGAAAACCUGCACGAUCCAUCUGAGAACACUGCUCCGCUGGCUGAGGACGAGGUGGAUGAGGGUUUCCAUGCGGAGGACGAGUGUGUGCCCCUCCCAGACCUGCCAACUCCAGCUGUUGAACCACUGGACCCAGACGUCCUGUCCCAUCUUCCUCCUCCACCGCCUGCAUUCGCUCAGGGUUCUCUGGACAGUUCCACCCCAAAACCCACCCAAAGCAGACACAGCAGACUUUUAGAAACCCCUGUUCCACCAACUCCAUCUCCACCACCCCCGACUUCACCAGAUCCAGCCCCAUCUCCUGGAGGUUACAGUGGACUACCAAAGGUCUUUAGACAGUCAGAUGGAGAGUUACCUGUAGAGGAGUUCAACUUCAGCAUCCUGCCGGACACAGAGUCCGACUACGACCAGGAGGAGUUUGAGGAGGCUCCAGGAAGCACUACUGAUGGCCACCUCACUGAUGAGGAGGUGCUGAGGAGGUCGUCCUGUACCUACAACAGCAUGGACUCCUUCAGGGGCAGCUCUGACUCUUUCAUUGACAGCGAUGAGGAGAAUGAUGGCUUUGCAGACACAGAUGAGGAGGUCUCCAACGGCAGAGUCGGCCUGCUGAAUGGCAGCGGCCCGCCAUACUUCCACAGCUACCUCUACAUGAAAAGUGGUCUGAUGAUCCCAUGGCGGCGGCGCUGGUGUGUGUUGAAGGACGAAACGUUUAUGUGGUUCCGGGCAAAGCAGGACUCAGUCAAGUGCGGUUGGCUGUAUAAGAAAGGUGGAGGGAUGUCCACUCUGAGCCGCAGGAACUGGAAGAUGCGCUGGUUUGUGCUGAGAGAGGCUAAACUGAUGUACUACGAAAACGACAGCGAGGAGAAGCUGAAGGGAACCAUCGACAUCCGCAUAGCCAAGGAGAUUGUAGACAACCAUGAGAAAGAGAAUGCUCUGAACAUCGUCACUGAGGACAGAACUUACCAGAUCUAUGCAGAAACUCCAGAGGAGGCCAGUGGCUGGUUCAGUGUGCUGAGUAGAGUCCACAGCGCCACCCCUGAGCAGCUGAUGGAAAUGCAACACGAACAAGCCAACCCCAAGAAUGCUGUGGGAACUCUGGACGUUGGGCUCAUUGACUCAGUAUGUGCCUCGGACAACCCUGACAGGCCCAAUUCAUUCGUCAUCAUCACAGCCAACCGUGUGAUCCACUGCAACACUGACCUGCCAGAAGAGAUGCACCACUGGAUCGGCCUGCUGCAAAAACCCAGAGGAGAGUCACGCAUCGACGGCCAGGACUUCAUAGUGAGAGGUUGGCUGCAUAAGGAGAUGAAGUCCAGCAGUAAGAGCACCUCUCUGAAGCUGAAGAAACGCUGGUUUGUUCUGACCAAUAACUCUCUGGAUUAUUAUAAGUCGUCCGAGCGCAGCUCCUCUAAACUGGGCACGCUGGUGCUGAACAGCCUGUGUUCCGUCGUCCAGCCUGACGAGAGAGUCUUCAAGGAGACAGGUUACUGGAACAUUAUAGUCCACGGGCGGAAGCACUCGUACCGUCUGUACACUAAGCUUCUGAACGAGGCUAUGAGAUGGGCUUCUGCCAUACAGAACGCCAUCGACAACAAGGUUCCCAUCGAGACGCCCACUCAGCAGCUCAUCAGAGACAUCAAGGAGAACAGUAUGAAUGUGGAGGCGGUGGAACAGACGUACUGGAGGAACCCCAUCCUGAGAUACACUCAGCAUCCUCUGCACUCCCCUCUACUGCCCCUGCCCUACGGCGAGGUCAACACCAGCCUCCAAAAGGAGAAAGGUUACUCCAGUCUUCAGGACGAGGCGGUGAAGAUGUUUAACUCUCUGCAGGAGAUGGAGGCGGUCUCGGACCCUGUGCCCAUCAUUCAGGGCAUCCUGCAGACAUGCCAGGACCUGCGGCCGCUCAGAGACGAGGUCUACUGUCAGCUGAUCAAACAGACCAAUCAUGUGCCUCAGCCCAACAGCCCUGCCAACCGCGCCCACUGGCACCUGCUCACCUGUAUGAGCUGCACCUUCCUGCCCAGCCGCGCCAUCCUGCGCUACCUGAGGUUCCACCUGAAGAGGAUCAGGGAGCUGUUUCCUGGAACAGAGAUCGAGCAGUUUGCUGCGUUUAUCGGUGAAUCUCUGAAGAAGACGAAGACCCGCGAGUUCGUCCCGUCUCAGGAAGAGAUCGUGGCUCUGCGCAGCAGACAGGAAAUGACCACCACCGUUUACUGCCACGGAGGAGGGUCCUGCAAAAUCUCCAUCAACUCCCACACCACUGCAGGAGAGGUGGUGGAGAAGCUGAUCCGUGGUUUGGCGAUGGAGGACAGUAGAAACAUGUUUGCUCUGUUUGAGCACAGCAGCUCAGUGGACCGCGCUGUGGAGAGCCGCGUGAUCGUGGCCGACGUUCUGGCUAAAUUUGAGCGGCUGGCAGCCACAGAAGCAGAGGAGGAAGGCCAGUGGAAGCUGUAUUUCAAGCUGUACUGCUUCCUGGAUGUGGAGAGCAUGCCCAAAGAGGGGGUGGAGUUUGUCUUCAUGUUUGAGCAGGCUCAUGAGAGUUUGAUCAGCGGUCAUUUCCCGGCGCACGAGGACACCCUGCAGCACCUGGCGGCUCUGCGGCUGCAGUAUCUCCACGGCGACGUGGCGCGGGUGUGCUGGAACCUGGAGCAGGUCUACCCCACCGGACGCCUGCGCCGCCGCAUCCUCACCUUCACCCGCGCCGGGGGGGGUGGGACCACGGCGCCCCAGCUGGACAAACGCAGGAGCAGCUUCCUGGAGGGCACUCUGAGGAGAGGACUGAAGGGCGGGUCGGUGAGGAAACAGCGCAGCCUGCAGGAGGAGCAGAUGAUGGACAUGUGGGUGAAGGAGGAGAUGGCAGGAACCAGAGCCAGCAUCAUGGAGAAAUGGAGCCGCUUGCAGGGCCUCAACCAGCACCAGGCCAUGCUCAAAUACAUGAGCAUCAUCAAAGAGUGGCCCGGAUACGGAUCCACACUGUUCGACGUGGAGUCUAAAGAAGGCGGCUUCCCUCGAGAGCUGUGGCUGGGAGUCAGUGCUGAGAACGUCUCCGUCUAUAAGCGAGGAGAAGCCAAACCUCUGGAGACAUUCCCCUAUGAGCACAUCGUCUUCUUCGGUGCUCCGAUGCCCAGCACCUACAAGAUCACCGUGGACGGGCGGGACAUGUUCUUCGAGACGCCGCAGGUUGGAGAGAUCACCAAGAUCAUGAAGGCCUACAUCAAUAUGAUUGUGAAGAAGCGCUGCAGCGUCCGUUCUGCCUCCAGCUACGGAAGGAACUGGAUAAGAUGAUGGGUGUCGGCCAAUCACAGGGAGGAACACCUCGCGUUGGUCCAGGAUAAGGAUUGUAAAAGCUCAGUACAGCAGAGCUGCAUUGAGGAACACGAGUGGCCUCAUGACACCUUCUCCACCACCCCACUGCUACUGGAGCAUCUCAGCACUACUGUUGCAUUUGUAACCAAACACAUGACCACUACUGCCACACGGUGGUCAGUCUGCUGCGGACAGAAACAUGCGGCAGGACAAAAUGUAUUAAUGACUCUGGUUGUUUCAGAAAAGGCUUCGCUGCGUCUUUAAACCAGUUACCGUGUACCUUAACAAGGGCUGAGCAGACUUUACGUCAGUUAGCUGACAUCCCACGUGACGUGAUUCAUCACGAUGACCUGCAGCACACAUCCUCGUUUCAGGAGAGCAGAUCUGGUGUGUUUGAAGCGAGAGCAACACACUGAUGCCUUAAAGCCUUGCUGUUUCUAUCUUUAACCCGUCCACCUGUUGAGUCCACGUGAAGUCCAGACGGUGGUUGGCUUAAUCACAGGCUGCUUCGGGACGUCUGGGCGAAAUGACACUGUCUGUUCCUGAGAAACGCAGUGGUUUUCUUAAUUAUUAUCCUCUGAUAUCACCAAGAUCACAUCCAUACUGUAUUAUUCUGCGCAGUCAGUGACGUAUAUACUGAUUCCUAAUAUGAUUUUUUGAGUAGCCCUUUUUCUAACGAGCGCAUGUAGCCUGGUACCUGAGUGGCUGAAGGCCUAAGACGGAGUGUCUGAAUAUUAGUGGGCGGGUCGGGUAUUUAUUGUGUUGUAUGGUUGGUGGUUUAGUGUAGAUGGUAUACUGUAUGAAUACCGAAGCUCGGACCACCGAGUUAAUUCAGUAUGUGUGGUGUUUCUAAUAUGAAUGAAUGUUGACUGCAGUAUCAGAGGACGGUGGACAGACGUCAUCGUCACGGCGACGAGAUCAAAGCCAGUUCCGUCUCCACUGAUGAGUCUGGUUGGCUGCGGGCAGCUGGGCCAGGGCGCACUCACUUAGCAACAACAAAAACCUGCUUUGGAAGAAGAAAAAAAAAAUCACAAAAUGAUUUUUUUGUAACUGGAUUUACAAAAUACUUUAAUAAAUUAUUGCAUUUCA